AAUUCCAUUUCCUGUUUGCUUGGCGUGGAGAGGUCUCAUUGCAUCUUCCCAGGUGACCAUGGCAGCUUAUCACACCAAACACUCUCCUGCUUGGAUCACUGCAGAGCUGUUGGAUCUGAUCAGUAUAUGGGGAGAGGAGGCUAUGCAGUCCCAGCUGUGCUUGAGCCAUAGGAAUUGGGAUACCUAUGGACACAUUCCUUGAGGCUUGUGUGAAAAGGGCUAUGAUCAAGACAUGCUACAGUGCAGAGUGAAGAUAAAGGAGCUGAGGCAGGCGUACUAUAAGGCAAGGGAGGCAAACCAUCACUCUGGUGCUUCACCUAAGACCUGCCAGUUCUAUAAGGAGCUGGACGCUAUUCUUGGUGGUGACCCUACCUCACCCCCAAGAGCCCCAUGGAUACUUUGGAGGGAAUGGAGGCGGCAGAAAGAGGACCUAACCCAGAGGAUGAAGUUAUUGAUGAAGAGGUGGAGUUAGAUGAGGAUAUGCAGCUCCUGGCAGGGUUGCUUGAUGGGGCAGGCAGCCAGGAACUGUUCUCAACUCCAGAGGUGUCUAGCCAGUCUCAGCAGUCGCUCUCCGGGGAGCAGGAAGCAGGAGAUGAGACGCUUGGUAAGUGGCUGUGAUCUGUCUAGUGCGAAGGUGAGUUCAGGGUAUAGAAAUGUGGGAGGCUGGUGGUUCCUAUGAGGGAGAUGGUUCCCUGUGUAGCUAAUCCGUAUGGCAGAACAGGGUGUUGAUGCAUGCAGAGAUCUCCUAGGAAUCCUCCAGAGAAAUCUCCAGGAAAGUUUCCUGGAGGUACUUGGUAAUCCUCUGCUGAAGGUUCUGUGGCAGAGCACCUUCCCCCAUUCGGCAAUCACUUGUGCAGGGACCAAAGUGGCACAUAGGUGAGCAGCAUAGAGAGCAGGGUGGAAGUCACAAGCAUGGAGUAGAUAGUACCCUUGUUUCCCAGCUUGCCUUUAGCAGUGAGAUGUCUGCUAGAAUGACCCUUGCCUAUGGAAAAGUCGGGGAGAAUUUUAGAUUUUUUUUCCAUAGACUGCUACACCAUGAGCCUUGCAGAGAGUGUGUGCUCUUUUCCCCAUGUGGAGCAACCUUCCCCCACAACACUCACCAUGCCUUGGCUGUUCACGGAGAUGUGUGCCUGGCUAGGGUCAGUGAAAAAGUGAUUGCAAUGUUGCGAAAGGUGAAUUUAACUGAAAUAUUACAAUACUGUGCGUGAAUUUAACAAUCCUGCUUCUGUGCAUUGCCCCAUGUGCUUCACCAGAUGUGGCCUUCAGGAACACCCCACGCACCUCUUCCGAGCGUCUCCGCCAGAUAAGAAAGCGCCCAAGACGCAGCAAAGAAGACAUGUUCCAGGAGGUUUUUGAAAUUCCUAAAUACUUGGCCUUUUCUGAGUAAGUAAUAUGGAGAUGGAGAGGAUGAACACAGAUACGUCUGGUGAGGAGGAAGAGAAGGAAAACAUUGAAAGAAACUCUAGAGUUUGUACUAGCUGUGACAAGAUUCAUGAGUCCAUUUCCAAAUGGAUGCUUCCUGAAAAUGCCAGAGGAACCUACUUGGAAAGAGCAAACUGUAUCCCUCCUCCUCUCUUCAUCAUUUCCAUUAGUUUAGCUGAGCUGGCUGUAUUCAUUUAUUAUGCUGUUUGGAAGCCCCAGAAACAGUGGAUCACGCUGGAUACAGGUGUCUGGAACAGUCCCUUUAUUUAUAGGCCUGACAAGAGGGAAGAAACUUGGAGAUUCAUUUCAUAUAUGCUAGUGCAUGCUGGCAUUCAACACAUUUUAGGAAAUCUCUUUCUGCAACUUAUUUUGGGGAUCCCCUUAGAAAUGGUUCAUAAAGGGCAUCGGGUUAGUCUGGUGUAUCUCGCAGGAGUGAUUGGAGGUUCCUUGGCUAGCUCAGUCUGUGAUCCCCUCCAGGCUCUCGUAGGGGCUUCAGGAGGAGUCUAUGCUCUCAUUGGAGGAUACUUUAUGAAUGUUUUAGUGAACUUCAGAGAAAUGAUUCCUUUGUUUGGAGUCUUCAGAUUGCUCCUCAUCGGGAUUAUAGUUGGAACAGAUAUGGGAUUUGCUCUGUAUAGAAGAUUUAUCGCUCCUGUGAAUGGGCCUCAAGUGUCCUUUGUGGCUCACAUUGCUGGUGGCCUAGCUGGGAUGUCAGUAGGUUAUGUCAUUUUCAGCUGCUUUGAUAAGAACUUUAUAAAAGAUCCAAGAUUUUGGAUCUCCAUUGUUGCUUAUUUAGUCUUUCUGGUGUUUGCUGUAUUUUUCAAUAUCUUUCUUUCACCAGCAAACUAAACUGCACCACCCACAAAAGAAACACUUAAAUCAUCAGGAAGACAACUUAAAAAAAAAAAAUUACCGUUUUAUAACUACAAAAGGACUCCAUAAAUGUUGCUUUUUUAAAUAAUGGUUGUGUACAGACUUUAAUUUUUAAAGCAUUGGACCAUCAUUUUUAUGGUUAUCCUAUCCCAGAAAUGAAAUAUAGUUAUUAAAAUAUGACCUUUUCAAAAUCAUAUGUAACCUUUUCUAUUUCCUAUUGCUUUUUAUACUGUUAAAGUAAAUAAACAUCAAGGGUUCCUGCUUGCUUUGGAAUAAUUCUUGCAGCUUUUGUUUUGAGCUUUUGUGACAUGAUUCAGUAAUAUUCAUUUGGAAGAAAUUACUUCUUCCAAUACCAGUUUUCUAACCUCAAAACCAGGAGAAAAAUGUUGAUCAGCACAAUAAAGAAUUCUUUUAG